AUGGCCGACAAGCUUCACGAGGGACAGGACGUCUCCUGGCGAUGGGGAGGUGGCAAUGCCACGGGCCAGGUUGCUGAGAUCGUCGAAGAAGGGAAGACGAGUGUGACCAGCAACAAGGGAAAUACUGUCACUCGUAACGCGAGGGGAAAAGAAGACCCAGCGGUGAAGAUAUCGAGGAAGGGGAACGACGUCGUCAAGUUGGCCCAUGAGCUUAACGAAGUGAAAGACGACGAGUGA